CAGCAGCAGUUCUGCAGGUUCAAUUGGCUUCUGCUCUUUGGUCAAAUAAACCCCUGCAGCUCUAGUUCUAGCAACCAUCCCCUUCUUUUGGUUAACCAGGGAGGAGAAGGAUGGCCUAUGCUGAGGAAGACAGAAAUAGCUACGAGAUGUGUAAGGAAACAGCAGAUUGGUUGCGUACCCACACUGCCCAGUGCCCAAAGACUGCCAUCAUCUGUGGAUCUGGACUGGGAGGCCUGGCUGAUGUGUUGGAUAACAAGACAGUCUUUCUGUAUGAGGACAUCCCUCACUUCCCACGGAGCACAGUUGCAGGGCAUCUUGGCAGAUUGGUAUUUGGGGAGCUGAAUGGACAGCCCUGUGUGUGUAUGCAGGGACGUUUCCACUAUUAUGAAGGGUACUCUGUCAGCAUGGUGACUUUUCCCAUCAGGGUCUUGUUUCUCCUUGGGGUGGAGAUCUUGAUUGUCACAAAUGCUGCUGGGGGACUGAAUCCCAGCUUCCAAGUGGGGGAUAUCAUGUUCAUUAGAGAUCACAUCAGCAUGUUUGGCUUGGGAGGGCAGAAUCCACUUCGUGGGCCAAACGAUGAGAGGUUUGGAGUGAGAUUUCCCUGCAUGUCAGGUGCUUAUGAACAUGACCUGCUUGUCAUGGCAAUGGAGAGUGCUCAGGAGCUGGGCUUUGUGAGCUUCACCCAAGAAGGAGUGUACUGCCAGCUGGCUGGUCCCUCCUAUGAAACCAUUGCUGAGUGCCGUGUGCUGCAGGCACUGGGAGCAGAUGCUGUAGGCAUGAGCACCAUCCCAGAAGUAAUUGUAGCCAGGCACUGUGGCCUCCGCAUUCUUGGGAUCUCCCUCAUCACAAACAAAGUGGUGAUGAGCUACAACAGUCAAGAGAAAGCCAACCAUGAGGAAGUGCUGCGCAUCUCAAUGGUCCGGGCUGAAGUCUUGCAGAAACUGGUCACACGCCUCCUUGGCAAACUGGGGGAAAGCACAAACCCUUUGUGACCUCCACCUUUUUGUCAUUUGUAUUCUAAUGUGUGAACACUAGCACAUGGUGUUGGUGAGACUAUUGUUUGAUAUUGAAUAGACCUGUUGAUCCUUGUACCUGUGCUUUAGCUGUUCAGGUGCAGAGGCUUGCUUUGCAUUUUGCCAGAUUGAUCCCUUUGUUAGUAGCCAGUGAUCAAAAUGGCUUUCUGGGACACAAAGUUGGACCUCUGGCAGAUUCCCAAGCCCACAUCAGCAAUGAGCCCCUUGGUGCUGUGAGUUCAAGCUCCCGUAUCAUUCUGUUGCAGAGCUGUUUGGUGUUUCUAGCCCAUGGGACUGCCUCUCUCAGCACAGCAUCCUCCUUGCUCCACCUAUGUCAUGGGCUGGAUUGAGAGCUGGUCACAAGGCUUGGUGCGUGCUGGGCAUGCUUUAGUAGGGCCUGAUCUGAAGCCAGUGGAAGACCACAUAAAGACUGAGUAUUGGAUGAGGACCUGGAUACAAGCUAUGCUGCAAAGCAGGUGAAGGAUGCUGCAGAAGGGAUUCUUCUGUCGGUGACCGCAGCAACAGGACAAGGGGUAAUAUAUUUACACUUAAACAGGGUAAGUUCAAGUUAGAUAUAAGGAAAAAGUUAUUUACUGUAAAGAUGGUUAGGCCCUGGCUCUGGUUGCCCAAAGAAGUGGUGAAUGCCUCACCCCUGGCAGUGUUCAAGGCCAGGCUGGACAGACCCUUAAGGUGACAUGGUCUAGUGUGAGGCAUCCCUGCCCAUGGCAGGAAAUUGGAACUAGGUGAUCUCAAGGUCCUUUCCAGACCAAACCAUCCUAUGAUUCUAUAAUUGCAGAUGAUUUUCCAGCUUGGGAAAACACUGCAUCGCCAUGUGUGGGUUGGUGUUCCCUUUCCAUCCCAGAAGGCCUCCCCCAAAAGCCCUCUCUUUACCCUCUUCUUGGCUCUUCAUGACUGGCCAUCAGAGCCUGCUGCCAGCAUCACCUCACACCUCUCUGCUCCAGUUUGGGCCUUGUUACCCCUUUUUAAAUGGGGUGAAAGCAGCAUGACUUAUCCAUGCACCAUGUAAAAUUGGCCAAGCUGGAAACAGGAUCCAGGUCCAGCUUGGCCUGGCUUUGUUCCUUCUGUUUCUGAAUGCCUUGGAGAUCAGCAGCUUGAGCCACUUGCACUGGAUACCAGUUACCUUUUGGUGUCUCAAAGCAGAGAUCAGUUUGAUCCAGUGUUCCACCCCAGCUUUGCCCUGCUGCAGUCCCUGAAGCACCAGGUUUGUGUUGGAGCACCAAUUGUUUGUGGGGUUUAGUGAUGUGAGAUUGCAGUGGGAAUUAUUUUGGAACAGGUAUGGUACCUUUCUGAUCAUCCCAGUCCACUUACUUGGAGAAAUUGAGCCUAGCAGUGAGUAAAUGACAAACAGGAGAGGCCACCAUUAUCUUUUUUACCAGCGUGGUGAUGGUCUAUCAAGGAAAGGUGAAUAGCACCAGGACAGUGUGUUAGUCAUUGUUGUAGCUUUGGAUACAGCUGGAUGUAAAACAGUGACUGUAAUUAUUAGGUAACAUUUUUCUCUUCAUUUGUCUUGGAGCUCUCUGUAAAGCCCAUCACUGUCAUAGCUAAAUGUUUUCAGCUGACACAGUGAUCCAAACUGAAGACACCUAACUGGUCAUGGAGAGCUCCAGUUUGCCUUCCUAAAUUUAGCUGAUCAGUUGUUUACCACCGAUACUUUGCUCUCCAUCACAGCCUUCAGCCUUCUGUGACAUUACUUUAGGGCACUGUGGCCUGGUGAGUUUUUAUUCCAGAUGCAUAUUUGCUUGAAGCCUUUAUGCUGCAAUUAGUAGUGUGGGCUGUUGUAUUAACAAUGCAGAUAUUGCCUCCAGGAGGAAUAGAGUUGUGCCAUGCCUGUUUUUCAUUAAAUGAUAGCACUUCAGGUACAGGAGAAACCUUGGGCUGGCCACUCUAUUCCCUGAGCACAGGGCUACCUGUGCUCAGACCCAACAAGAAUCUGCCCAGACUGGUCUUGAGGACUUGUGAAGGGGAAAUAUUCCUUGCCUGUCCUCUACUCACUAGCCAAGUAACUUGACUCAGCAGCUCCUGGCAUUUGGAGGAACCCUCUGAGACAGCAGCUCUUCCUAUUCGGUGGGUUUGACUGUCGAGACAGUCUCAGGGACCAGACCUUUGGUGGUAGUACGUGGAGGAAAAGAAAGUCCACCUCUUUUUUCCAUAAAGUUUUUCAGAUCUAGCAGCACUGAAAUGCUCCUCAAUAGUGGUUGUGAAAGCAGUGAAAUACGAAAAGUGGCAGAUGUGCAGAGCAAAAAGGAUCCAGUUCUACCUGCUCCCUUUUCAGACUUGUUUCCAGUAUGGACUUGUUACAGAAUAGAGAGAGAGCAAGUAAUUUCCCGUUCCUAGAAAAUGGUGCUUCAUAUUAAUUUAAUACGUGGUAAAUGCAGAGUCUCUGAAGGCUGAGUGGAAGGCAGCUGUGCAGCUAGAGAGCAGGCUGGGAUUUGAGCAGCCUCCAUUCAUUAUCCAGUCAGGCUGGACUGCAGUGUGAAGGGAAGCAUCCAAAACAUCCACUGUUGCACUGAUGAGGAGCUCAGCACCUGCUUUUGGUCUGCUGGGUCUGCUCCAGCUGUGCCAGAGGCAGUGUGGAACCCAUACCAUGCACUUGUACACAAAUACAACUUAAAUACAGCUGAAAACUUGACCUGAACAUUGCCCUGUGAUGAAAUCUUUGGAAAAUUGUGUCUGCUUUAGAAGAACUAUUUUGUAAAUAGCAUUUCAACUCUUAAACACUUGAGGGCUCUUUCUGCUGUGCAAGGGCAACUUGUACAGUUCAAACUCUGCAUGAACAUCCCGAUUUUAUCCCUGUAAAUGAAAUGGAAGAUACCCUGGGUACUUUGGAAGGGGUCUUGCCAUGGUUUAGGGGGAGAAAGGGAUCAUCUGGCUUUGGAGAUACUCUUAAUCCAACCACAGAAUCAACCAGGUUGGAAAAGACCUUUAAGAUCAAGUCCAACAAUUCCCCAGCACUGCCAGGACCCCACUAAGCCAUGUCACAAGAGGCAUCAUCUGCAUGGUUUGUAAGCACUUCCAGGGAUGGUGACUCUACCACUGCCUUGUGCAGCCUAUUCCAAUGCCUGAGCACCCUUGCAGGAGAAUUUUUUCUUUGUCUCCAGUCUAAACCUCCCCUGGUGCAGCUUGGGGCUGUUUCCUCUUGUCCUAUCCCUUGUUACGUGGGAGAAGAGACGGACCUCCAUCUCAUAACAACCUCCUUUCAGGCAGCUGUAGAGAGCAAUAAGGUCCCCUCUGAGCCUUCCCCAGACUAUAUCCCCCCAGGUCCCUCACCCAUGUGUUUUUAAGUAAAAAUCUGUUGUUAUCUGAGAAACAGCCCUGCAAUCUCCCUAAAAGAUGUUACUGUGAGAUCCAUCCUGUUUCCUUUGCUAGGCUUGGUUUCCCAGGCUUUAUUUUUUCACAUUUGCACUCUUUUCUACAUAAAGGCAAACCAGAAAGAUAACACAAUUUUUAAAAGCUUUCUCAGCUCAGCAACUGAACAUAUGCUAAGCUUCAAGUAACCAAAAUUUCCUUAGAGGUUUCUCUUUACUGAAAACCUACAGUUGAACCAAGGGGUUUCUGCUAUGGUGGUGAGAUAUUUUGGGUUUGGGGUUAUUUUUUGUUCUUUUCAAAAGCUUAAGAUUUUCACUGCUGGUAUUUCAUAUGCUGGAAAAAAUUAAGCUCUUCCCUGCCACGCUGAAUAGGCAGAGCAAGGGGGAGCAAUGCAGGGCACAGCAGUGAGAUGGUCUCGGUUGUUGCUGAAUUAAAGCCUGA